CUGGCUCGGCGGUAUAGGGGUCCAUGGCUGCCUGGAUGUAUCGGUAUCGAGCCGCAGUUUGCUGCAACAAAGAAACCGUUGCUACAUCGCCGAAACAUAAGUAAUAUCGUUGGAGUAACGUUGUUGUCAUCAGCGGAGACGAAGAGAGCUCUCGGUUCUUCUUACCUCGUGGGGUAGUCCUCGGAGAAAAGUGUCGUUUGGAGACGAGUUGAGUUUGUGUUCGGAGUGGCAGCAGCUCUGUCUUCCUGAAGACAUUUGUGGCAUGAAACCAGAUCACAUACAUCUUUCAUUCAUCACCUCCUCCUUAGUCUCCCUCCCCCACUCUUCAGUUAGAAACUCUCGCCUCAGCACCACCGCAUUGAUGAGGUAACGUCAAGCUUUACGUAGCGCCACCUGCAAACACCAUCUCCCCCCCUUGCUUCCCCUUCUUCUGUCAACCUUUCUCCGCAGCCAUGGGGCAGAAGAUCUCUGGCGGCAUCAAAUCGGUCGACAGUCGCGGGGAAAGCGGCGGCUCCCCGUCCUACCGGCCUUCGGCGCACCGCCGGCAGCACCCAGAACUGAGGGGCCCAGAUUUUGCCAAACCUCAAAGGCUGGAUCUCCUAUUGGACAUGCCAUGUGCUGGACUGGAGACCCAGCUCCAUCACGCGUGGAACCCUGACGACCGCUCACUCAACAUCUUCAUCAAAGACGAUGAUAAACUGACAUUUCACCGCCACCCGGUUGCUCAGAGCACGGACUGCAUCCGGGGCCGGGUCGGAUACACAAGGGGUCUCCACGUGUGGAAGAUCCACUGGCCAUCCCGGCAGCGUGGCACCCACGCUGUGGUUGGGGUGGCGACCUCUGACGCCGCUUUACAUUCGGUUGGUUACACAGCGCUGGUGGGGUCGGACUGUGAGUCCUGGGGCUGGGAUCUGGGACGUAACAGGCUUUACCACAACAGCAAGAACAGGGCUCACAGCACGCUGCCCACGUACCCUUGUUUCCUGGAGCCGGAGGAGUCGUUCACACUGCCGGACUCACUGCUAGUGAUUCUGGACAUGGACGAAGGGACACUGAGCUUCAUGGUGGAUGGACAGUAUCUAGGAGUCGCAUUUAGAGGACUGAAGGGCAAGAAGCUGUAUCCUGUCGUCAGCGCUGUGUGGGGACAUUGUGAGAUAGCCAUGAUGUACAUCAACGGCUUGGAUCCGGAGCCUCUGCCUCUGAUGGACCUGUGUCGACGCGCAGCCCGCCUGGCGUUGGGUCGGGAGCGGCUUCAGGAGAUCGAGGGCCUUCCUCUGCCCCAGUCCCUGAAAAAUUACCUCCAAUACCAGUGACUGACAACAGCAGAACCAACUGGGAGUACUAGGAUACAAACCAGACCACCAGAAAGUCUAAAGGAUAAAUAUCAGAUCUUAAAGGAUGCAGCGAGAGGACCAUACAUGGGAAGCAUGCCCACACUGAGAGCGCCAUAGCUCUACAAAAAAGAUUGAUUUACGAAAGGAUGGAGAGAAAGAUGAUGGAUAAACUGACGGAGGAGGUCCAGGCUUUCAAACAAAGGCAACACCAGCUUCUUCUUGGAUUUCAAGCUGCUUUUUUUAAUUUGUUCUUGACUUGAAAUAAAUUAUUGAUGAUGGUAUCCCAUCAGCUCAUCUAGAAAGAUAAACCCAUCCGCCGUGGUGAGAGGCGACAGUGUUCAGAUGACCACCGCCUCUUACUGAUGAGAAUGAGAACUAUUCAGAGAAAGCACACUAAUCCUAUCCCUGGAGGCCUUUCUGACAUAAAGUCAGUGACCAUAUCAUUACUGUUGGAUACCAUAGCGUGUAUUCAUUGUCUCCACUGGCACAGGUGAAAGGCUGCAGAGCAUUUUAGCACUGUUGUUGUUUUUUAUCUGAUUGACUCGGGGCCCGACCAAAAGCUCACAUUGCAUACAGAGAGCCAUACAAAAUGGCUGCAUGGUAUAUGCAAAGUUUAGUCAUAAGAAAAAAGCAUGCCGAACUUCUUUCCUGGCUUUAUGCAGACAAUUGAUGAGAGUGGAGCCCUUUUCAGACAUGGAUUAAAUAACGUCCGUCAGUUAAAGUGAUGGCUUUUUGUCGUAGAAGUGUCUAAGUAAAAGUUUUGUUAUAGAGUAAUUCGCAAUUCACGUACAGUAUUUAGCGCCUGGUGCACAAGAAGAGGUGGUGAAAGCAAUGAUGUGAAGGAAGAAAACGCUGGAUUAUAAAAAAUUAUUUUGCUAUUUAAGUCUAAAUUAAUGGAUAUUGUCAGCUUUACAGAAGCUAAACACUAGUUUCCCCUCAUCAGUCAUGAAUCAUUUAGUAGUUGGUUUUAUAAUAUUUAAUUUAAUUUUGCUACGUAUUCCAUAACAAUGGCCAAGUACAGAAUAACAAGACGUUAGAUUGGAACCCUUGUUUGCUAAUAUGCUGUAUGUGAAGCAUUUUUAUAUACAGGAUAUUUUAUCCAUGCAAUUAGCAUGAAUGUACCUCUGAUGAUGUUUUUUAACAUGUAUUGCCCCUUGCUGCAUGGGUAAAUGAUAAAAACCUUCGUAUAAUCUGAUUUGACAGGACAUCUCCACAACCUGAAAUUGGCUUGUUUACAGUGUCUUUCAAACUGAUUUAUUUUUAUUUUGUGCAUAAAAAUGAUAAUUAAUUGGUAAAUUUGUACAUUGCCCCUAAAGCUUCUGAAAACGUGACCUCACAUCUGUAUUAUUUGUCUGUAACAUUAAAUAUUCAUAACUUAGUAAGCACCAAAGUGCAACAAAAGUUGGAUGAAAAUAACUUAAAAACUCAUCUAAUCUGCUUCACCAGGACAGUGUUUGUGUGGUAUGAUUUGAUUGACAAUAUCCCCAAAAACCCACCAAAAGCUGUCAGAUUUGAAUUCAUACAUUGCCGAAUCAUGAUUGGUGGAUGUAAAUAUAUGCAAUUACCUUUUUCUAAACAAGCCCCACCCACUUUAAACCAUCCAGAAGAGCAAACAACCAGAACAUUUCUAGCUCCUAUUAGGCUAUUAGGUGUUCUUGUAGGACCUCAUUGAUCAUAUGAUGAAUGAGAAAAUACAUUUUAGGGCCUUUUUCAUAAGGGAACAAGACAUGCAUUUAAUCCUCUCAUGUGCAUACAUCGUGUUAUUAUGGCCUUUAUGACAGUGUGACGAUAUCCAACUAAAAUGUGCGCAGUUUGGGAAGUGACUUAUUAGGAUUGCCGUCAUGACUUUUACUAACGAACUGCGUGUCUGAAAGGGGUUUUAUUACAGAAAUAGACAGGACAAAACUGCUUGUUGUUUAAAGUGUUAAGUGGCACUGAGAAGCAUUCCUCAAAGGACACUAAAUCAUGUAUUAUGAUGUCAAUCAGGACCAAAGUAUUCAUACUUAGCCAUGGAGUGUGUGACUGUGUCUGUAUGAGCUGUAGGUCGCAGCCCGCCGCAGUGUAACGAGUGCUAAAAGGCUGCUGGCUUUAAGAAGAGCCUUGCCUGCUGUUGUAGCACCUUGCUGUACCUCACUGGUACCAGACUGUUGUCUGUCUGCUGUCAGCACGACUGUCGUAAUGACCACAAACAAACUGGACCAGAGCAGAUCUAGUCUCACUGGAUCUAUGAUAAAGGCUGGAUCAGAAAGUAGGAGCAUUACUGCGACUGCAGUGGCAGAUUCUGGCUUAGAAUAGGAUGCAGAUGGCCAGUACACACAUACACACACAAACACACACACACAUACACACACACACACACACACACACACACACACACACACUGUAGACCAAUCAUAUUUUCUUUCCUAAAAAAAAAGCUUGAGUCACUUUUUUAACGUCUAAGUUUGUAUUCUACAUAUUAUUAUUAUUAUUAUUAUUAAUAUUAUUGUGAGUGUGGAGUCUGAUUCUGAUGAUGGCAGGAUGAUGAUGCUGAUGAUGAUUUUGAAUAUUACCUGUCACAAGCUAGUCCUAUGUUUGUUUUUUAACUGAUGAUUGAUGGUUACAUUCAGGUAAAUUUAAUACAAAGAUGCUGGUGAUGAAGGGAGAGAGAAAGUAAGUUGUUUCUUCAAUGCUGCUUUUAUUAUCAUUAUUAUUUUAUUAUUAUUAUUAUUAUUAUUAUUAUUAUUAUUUGUGAUGAUGAUGGUCUCACCUCCUGUUUUAAUCAGUUAGGAUGGGGAGAAAAGGACCAUUCCUAAAAGUAGUAGAAUGUAUGGACAGACGGUGCAUUUGCGAUGUCAACAGAUAUGAAAUGUGAAUAAAAGCCAAGUGAAUUUAA